UCUCUCAAAUAUUUCUCUUUUUUAUUUUCUGUUUCAGCGUUUUAUAAGAAUCCCUCAAGAGAUCUCUCUCAUUCAUCUUUUACUGUUUUGGAAUCUUGGAUCAUUCUCUCUAAAGAUCAUUCUUCUUUAGCGAUUUUGGGAGAUUUCUUUUUCCGAUCCGCCGCCGUGGGUUUUUGGUUACGAUGACGAUCAAAGAUGAGUCGGAGAGUUGCGGUAGCAGAGCCGUCGUUGCUUCGCCGUCUCAAGAAAACCCUAGACAUUACCGGAUGAAACUCGAUGUCUACGGCGAGGUUUUACAGCGGCUUCAGGAAUCUAAUUACGAAGAAGCCACUCUUCCUGAUUUCGAAGAUCAGCUCUGGCUCCAUUUCAAUCGUCUUCCUGCUCGAUAUGCUCUUGAUGUUAAAGUUGAGAGAGCAGAAGAUGUUCUCACACAUCAGAGAUUGCUAAAAUUGGCGGAAGAUCCUGCAACUAGGCCUGUGUUUGAAGUUCGUAGUGUACAGGUUUCUCCUAGAAGCGCUGCAGACUCUGACCCUGCGGUGGAGGAAGAUGCUCAAAGCUCUCGCCAACCAAGUGGGCAGGGGGUUCUUGCUCCUCCUACUUUUGGUUCUUCUCCAAAUUUUGAGGCUAUUACUCAGGGAAAUAAGAUUGUUGAAGAUGUCGAUAGUGCCGUGAAUGCAACAUUGUCUACUCGACCGAUGCACGAGAUCACAUUUUCAACCAUCGAUAAGCCAAAACUCCUUAGCCAGCUAACUUCCCUACUCGGUGAGCUUGGACUGAAUAUACAAGAGGCUCAUGCUUUUUCCACUGUGGAUGGGUUCUCUCUAGAUGUCUUUGUAGUAGAUGGUUGGUCUCAGGAGGAAACUGAUGGUCUAAAGGAUGCAUUGAGCAAAGAGAUUCUGAAGCUUAAGGAUCAACCUGGUUCAAAACAUAAAUCUAUUGCUUUCUUUGAGCAUGACAAAUCAAGCAAUGAGCUUAUACCCACCUGCAUUGAAAUACCCUCGGAUGGAACUGAUGAGUGGGAAAUUGAUGUGUCACAGCUCAAAAUCGAAAAGAAAGUGGCAUCUGGUUCAUAUGGGGAUCUGCAUAAAGGCACUUAUUGCAGUCAGGAAGUAGCUAUCAAAUUUCUUAAGCCUGAGCGUGUAAACAGUGAGAUGCUUAGAGAAUUUUCUCAAGAAGUUUUUAUAAUGAGGAAAGUUAGACACAAAAACGUUGUUCAAUUUUUGGGUGCAUGCACAAGAUCUCCAACACUCUGUAUAGUGACUGAGUUUAUGGCUCGAGGGAGCAUAUAUGAUUUUCUUCACAAACAGAAAUGCGCUUUCAAACUUCAAACAUUGCUUAAAGUUGCACUCGAUGUGGCAAAAGGAAUGAACUAUCUGCAUCAAAACAACAUUAUUCACAGGGACCUUAAGACUGCCAAUCUUCUUAUGGAUGAACACGGACUUGUCAAGGUUGCUGAUUUCGGAGUUGCCCGGGUGCAGCUUGAAUCAGGGGUCAUGACAGCUGAAACAGGGACUUACCGGUGGAUGGCUCCAGAGGUCAUUGAGCACAAACCUUACAACCACAAGGCAGAUGUGUUCAGUUAUGCGAUAGUGCUAUGGGAACUUUUGACUGGUGACAUCCCAUAUGCUUUCUUGACUCCGCUACAAGCAGCUGUUGGCGUUGUCCAAAAGGGGCUUCGACCGAAAAUUCCAAAGAAAACGCACCCAAAAGUGAAGGGACUUCUAGAGAGAUGCUGGCACCAAGACCCAGCGCAGAGACCACUCUUCGAGGAAAUCAUAGAAAUGGUUCAACAGAUAAUCAUCGAGGUAAACGUCGUAGUGUGAUCCCGAGUAAAAACCCUACCCCUUACAAGGCGAGAAUUCUCAGAGCAGGAUGUGGUGAAAACAAAAGCAGGUUGGAGAUGAGGACCCUAGCAAGGACAAGCAGUGCCUACCUUUCUUAGCUUCCUUUAGAAAGCCCCGUUACUAGUUCUUCUGAUAAUCCAGUUUCAUGAUUGAAGGCACUAUCUUUGGUGGCCUUUGUACAGUUUCUUUUAUUGGGGGGUAGGAUCUAGUUUUUGACCGUAGGGAGUGUUUUCUCCUUCUUUAGUUGCUCUCUGAUGAUUCCUUCCUUUCCACAUAGAAAUUAGAAGAUACCCUCGUCACUUUUCCUUCAUUAAGAAAGAAGGUUUAAUUUCAGGUCAUUGGUUUGGUCAUUAGUUUUUGAAUCUUAUAAUUGAAGACAAUGUGAGAUUGUACAUUUUAGUAUACCGAAGUGAAUACAAAAAUGACAACACUUACGUAUGUA